UUUAUCAUUCCGAACCGCAACGUUAAAAUCAUCCGAUUAACGAACACCGCAUAAACAGUGUUAUUCAAAACAAAUUGCUAACAUGAAUAUUGUGGCCUUGAUAUCGGUAAUUUUUGCAGAAAUUUUGUUAAUUGAAUCGAUUCUCAGUGCGGACACCGCAUGGCCCACCGAUGUGAAUAGGAAUAUAACCGCAUUCGAACCAAAUGGAUUACGAUUUCAACGAAUUUUACGGCGUAAAAAGCGCUUUCUGCUGUUUCCUCCGGGAGCCGCCAUUGUUACAACAAUGUCUUUUACAAAGACAUUAGUUCCACGUUCACCGUCGGGUAUAAAUACAAUUGGCGAGGUUGAUAUUUUUUACCCGCUGCAGAAUAAGAUCGAAGAUUGGUAUCCAACAAAGAAGCCAAUACCGCCUCCACCACCACCAUCGGAUGAAGAAGACGAGAACGAAGGCGUUCUACCAAACAAUGUGGGCCCACAAAUUCCACCCAAUAUUCCUCAACCUCCACCACCGCCACCGCCGCCACCACCAAUCGCUCAAAAUGAUCAACCUACAAACGAUAAUCCUCCACCUGGGCCAAUUAAUGUUGGCACACCAUUUUUACCAACGCCUGCCAAUUUACCAGACGGUAGAUUACCGACUGAUCAAGAAAUCGGAAUUACGCCCGGCACAAUUAUAUCUGAUCCGAAUUUCGACGUGGGCACACACCCAGGUGAAAUAUAUGUGGAUAAAAAUGGGAAUCAAUCACAAAAAAUACCACCACGUCGUUUUUUCAGUGAAUAUUCAAAAUACUCAACGUCUUCAUGGCCACAUCAACAAUAUAAUCAAUAUGAAUCGUCCUGGAAUCCGACGAGCAAUUCAAAAGGAUACAAUGAUUGGAAAACUUAUAAUGAUCGAUAUUAUAGUUCUUACGGCAAAAAACAAUCACAGAAUCGGGUGAAUGUACAAACGAUGCAAAAAGAAAAUAGCAUUUAUUCAAACACAAAGGAGAAUGCAUGGCGAUACCAACACAGAGAUGCGCAUCCAUUUGAAUCAAAUUAUAGAGGAUAUUCUAACAACUAUUACAAUCGAGCUGCUCGUGAGAGACGAGACAUUUUCGAUCAACUUGAGUCAUUUAUGUCAUUCAAACAAUUCGAUACGAAAUCUUGUAUAUUACGGAUGAUAUGUGAGGCAAAGCAUUAUUUAUUACCACCGGGCAAAUCUCUUUUCCAAGACAUAUUUCGUAUCCUUUUCACUUUGCCACCUGAAGACGAGGUGAAUGAUGAAUAUGCGCGAGCAACCCAAGCAACUGAGGAGGACUGUGACACAAUUUACUCGGAAAAAUGUCGGUUUAGUGUGUUGGGUUUUUUAAUGAGCAAAGACAGACCAAUUCUUUAAGUUUAAAUUGAGAAAUUGUUCAAUAAAAGAAAUAAUCGAUUCGA